UUCGUUAGUAAACAAACGAGCAUGAUCGUUCUCUUUGUUCUCUUCACGCAGAUUUUACGCGAUUUCUUCAAAAUUUCAUGAAAUUUACGUCCUUUUAUCAGUGUUUAAAGUGAAGAUUCCCUUUCAGUUUGUUCUCCACUGCAUUGUACCAUGGAACCGAGGGCAAUAGUUAAAGUGUUGAACGAUCUGGUUGCAGCAAACGUCCAAGAUUUGAAUAUCCAGCGACUGCAUGGUAUCUUGGAACCGAUGGAGAAAGAUUUGACCUCUUGUGAGGCCGGGGAUCGUGAUUUCCUAUGGAAGUUAUCCGUCGGUUAUCUGGAAGUUCAACAGCGAUUCGUGACCACUUGUCUUAUUCAGAAGCGGAACCCUUCCGCAAGUGAUGAGGAGCUCAUCAAUCUUCCCGAACAGCUGGUCUUUUUACAGGCCGUGGACCGCAUACGACAAUUCACGCUGAAUCUUUAUUUACCGCUGGAAUUACGGGGAUUGACCAAAUGUGAUUUGAAAAUGGUCGUCCAGUUAGAAGAUGCAGAACGGAUCAGACGGUUAAAGUACUGCCUGGAAGCUUUCCGGAAGCUGUUCGAGUUUAAAAUCAUUGCCCUCCAAUCGAAGCUGGAGAAUUGCAUCCUGGAGUACAUCGCCGGAGUAUUCAGCUACCAUGUUCUAGAAGGAAAUUUUACGGAAAUGAGGGAGAGUAUACUUUUCAAAGGCAUCGAAGUGUUUCCUGUGGAGCAAGUUUUCAAAAGUUUACUGAUCAUCAAAGGUGUUCCGAAUCUGGCUCUUGAGCUAUCGAAACAGAUUCACUUGGAGCUGCUCCGACUGACCGGAGAGCCAGGAGGAUUCCCAGUGCUCUGCAGAACCCUCCUAGCAAACGUUCCUUCGGAUGAGACUCCCUCUUGGAAGAAAAGCGAAAUCAUUGCGAAGAUUGUGGCCAGCAAAGGCCACACAAAGAAGUUCUAUCGUCAGGUGCUGCAGGAUGUGUUCCAGUUUUACGAAGCUUCCUUAUUUGGCCAAGAACAGGAACAGUUACCCUUUGUGGGUACUUGCAUUGAAUGCAUGAGGCAAAUCUAUCUGCUUCCUCCCGCUUAUCGAGAGCUUCGGGCAACGAUAGACCAGUAUUUUGUGGGAAGGUUUGACCAACUGGUAGAACCACAAGAGCUUCUGAGUGGGACCAUUCUUUUGGAACGCUCACAGUUGCUAACAUCGCUUCACAUAAAUUACAUGGCCUUCAGUGGCUCUUCCUGUAGUUCCCUCUGUUCGUCAAUUCUAAUCCCUUAUCUGCACAUAUUCCUGAAGUUGUACUCCAUGAUUCCCAUCGAAGCAGAAGAGCGAAAAUACCUACAGACUUUAAUCGUAUUUUGUCUAUCGAAUCGGGAAAAAGCUGAACUCGAAUCCCUGUUGGAAGAACUGCUCCUCGAAACUGGAAAACACGCGAUGAAGAGAAUCCAUCCGAGAAUCUAUCUGAAAGUCGCGCCAAGAGAGGAAGAAACAUAUUCGCUGCAGAUUGGACCCCAGUCCGAAGAAGACAACGACGACGAAGAUAGUUUGGCUCCGACGUUGGUCGAGAUUCUGAAAGCCUCCAACCGAAAUCUGCUGAUCUACGAUGUGUUCAUUGGACUGUUGAAGCUGUUCGAGCGGACUAGUUUAGGCACUGAUCAAAAUCUGCUGCUCGGUGCCGAUGAGCGGGACGCUUCCCAGUGCAAAGCAUUCCUAAGGAAAUAUGUCAUUAUUCAAACCCUUAUGGAACUGGUCACUCACAAGCACUUCCACAGCCAGCUCUACGAAAACCCUUCGGACGUAUUGGCCUUCAUAAAAUCGCUUCUCACUAGAAGCGUCGACCAGGUGCAAGCCAACGAGAGUUUGAUUGAAAUAGUCCUCUCGAUUUUCCAGGAGUACCUGCAGCGGUUACAUUCUCGGGACGAUGUUCAGGAAAUCCUGAAACUCUUGCAACACUUCAAACGUUCGGCUCAGUGUGGCGACCAACUAAGGGCACAAAUCGAUCACAUUUGCAACGGAAGCAAACCGAAGGACGAUUCCGAGCUGACGCCCUACCAGAAUGCGUUCAGCUUAUGCUCCGAUAAGGAACCGUACUGCAAAGUGUACGGAACAACGUUGAUGAUCGGCUUGCUGCGGCAACGUGACACGGAAACUCUCACGCAGAAGCACGCGGUUCUGAUUCUGGCGUUGAACAAUCUGCGGAGCGUGGAGAGUUAUGCCUUUCUGAAUUCGGUUCGGUUAUUGGUGGCUUUGUGCGACGCACUGGAAGCGGAAACGAUCGAAGCUCUGGUUAGGGAAUAUCAGAGCACUAGCAACGAAAUAGAUUACCGGUUGAAGAUUGGCGAAGCAACUGUGAAAACGGUGGAAGCGAUUGGACCCAUCGCAUUCAAAUAUCGUGAGCAAUUGAUUAACUGUUUCCUGCACGAGUGCAAAAGUCCGGUGGAUGAGUUUCGGGCGUCUAGCUUGGCCAAUCUGGGGAACGUGUGCAAGAUAUUGUCCUAUCAGGUGCACACGUUCUUCUAUGAGAUGUUCCUGGUCAUAAAGUCCGUCAUCGAGACCGAUAGCUACCUCCCCGCCCGACGAGCGGCCAUCCUGGUGCUCUCCCAGCUCAUCGAAGGCAUGGACAACCUUCUGGACCACCAAGAGUACCUGCUGUCGAUCUACCGUUUCCUCAAGUUCAUAGCAGAGACGGAAAAGGACGACGUCACUCGAUUACAGGCUGCCGUCGGACUGGAUCACCUAAACGCAAAGGCAAAGGACUUCUUCAACGCGGCCAACACCGCACUCGCUGCCGGGAAGCUCGAGAAGGAGAUUCGGAUAUUUGGCAUCAAGGGGCAAGAAGCGGAAGAACGGCGACGGAACGCAAAGGGCGGAAGCAUACUGACAAAGAUGUUAGACUAAAAAAAAUGUUUAUUACAAUGAUCGAUUUUUGUUCUUACAUAAGGAGGAUGAAGAUUUAAUAAAGUUGUAAAAUCAUAAUCGGCCUAACCCUUGUAGAUAUGGAUUUCACUUAUGGGAAAUGUAUGAUAAUGUAAGUUUUCAUGACAGCAAAUUGGUACAAUCAAUCGACUUUGCUAUGAAUCUUAUUAAUAAUUAGAAUAUCACUUCAUGAUGACGAUAUAGGAAUCAAAAUAAUUGAUUUUGCUAUUCUAUUCAGUUCAUAGAUCAAAUUGCGGUAGGUGUAUUUGUUCUUACGAAAAGCAGUCCUAAAUUUUUUGUACACUUUCUUCACAAACACAUUGUUGCGUUUAGAUUUAUUGUGCCGUAAAAUAAAAGCUUCAGCUCAGAUUCAACACGUUAAAACACAAA